UGAUCGGAAUAGACGGUGUGGCGGCACAACGAACCUCUUGUAAGCCUAAUGCGCAAGGCCACUUGCGGGGGGACAGCAAGAUAGAAGGGAGGACGAAGCGGGAGAGAGAGCUACCAUUGGCACAGACGAAUGUCAGGGUGCAGCAUCUCAACGAUGUGUAGUGUUAGAUAUUUUAUUUUCAAGCUUAGAUUUCUCAAGGACUCUGCUUUAGUCGUAAGAAUUAUUUAAAAAAAAACAACAACCCAGAAGACCGUCGAUCAGGGAGUCUGUGCACUGUGCUCACAGUCCAUUGUGCCUUCACGGAGACUAGCCCAAGAUCGAGCCGUCGUCUUGCUCACCGGAGCUGGGGUUGUGUACGGAUUUACCUCAUUUUAAGUGGGAUUCUUCUGUAGGUCGACGGAGCGCUUUUGUUUAAGAUGCAUCAAGACAUUGUUGUUUAUGUACCUGUGUAGACACCUUUUGUCGACUGGAGUACCGUUUCAAGGGAAAAUUUUGGUUUACAGAACGAUGCGACGGGGUGAUUACGCAUGGCGGGUGGGUAGGGUAGCUUGGGUACUGCAGUAUUUAGCUCUCCUUCUGCCAUUCGCCAUGUCGAUGCUUUCUGGUGUGGACAGCGGCAUUCGUUUACCACCAGUCUAUUGGAACUCAUCAAACACUAUGUUUCAAGGAAGCAACAAUGAUAACAUAAUUGAAGCCCAUAUAGGAGACAGCAUUGAAAUUUAUUGCCCACAUUAUAAAGAUGAUUCUGGUGCCUGGGAGUACUACAUUGUGUACAUGGUGGAUCAACUGAAUUAUGAGACCUGUGUCAUCAAUAACACUCAACAAAAGUUUAAAAUAUUAAAUUGUUCAAAACCGAACUCAACAGAGCCCCAUUAUUACACUCUUUGGAUUCUGGACUUCCAGUCUAUACCAGGAAAUCCUGACUUCAAAGAAGGAGAAAGUUACUUCUUCAUUUCGACAUCUGGAGGACAAAAAAGUAACAUUGACAACCAGUUUGAAGGCAUGUGCAAGACACACAAUAUGCGUAUGAUACUUCAGGUUAAGCCCAAGGAUGAUGUUGGUGUAACAUCUCAACCAGCUACCCUACAAAGUUCUAAAAGAAGCACCCAAAGGACUUCAACUGCUGCUGCUGUAAAUACCACAUCAGCUGCAUCCUCAACAGUAGCAACCACCACGAUCCAGUCAACAAUAUCUACUACAAGAGUGACAGAUAAACCGCCCCCAGAGCAGAGUGUGGCAACAAAUGAUGGCUUUCCUGCAGACAAUGUGAUUCAUGUUGGAGUUGAUCGGAAAAAUGAAGGAACAAUCACAGACAGUGGUAGUUUCAGUGCUACAUUUUGUGCUUCUGCCUCAUUAUGGACUUCACUCACACUAUGGACCAUCUGUAUUGUGCUCUUGCUAUAGUAUCAAGAUGUGUGGGUUUGAGUUGUGUGUGAAAAAAAUAACAGAUCUGUUUUGUGUAUGUAUGUGUAUUUGUGUGUGCAUAAGUUGCAUAAAUGUGUGUAGUGUCUCUGUGUGCGUGCAUCUGUGCAUGGGCACCUGUAAAUGAGGGUGAUGUGAGGAACAAGUGGGUGGGCAGGCACACCUACAAGCAUGCCUAUAGUUUGUAUGCAAGUGAGGGAUCCCAUAAAUCCAUGAACAAUUAUGGUUGUCAUAAAUUGUAUCAUACUGGCUUAACUCCCAUCAUCUGUUUGAGUGUUAAGUGCAUUGAUGAAUUCUAGUUUUCAUUUGGAAUCAUUUAGCUAAAAGAAGAGAGCAAACAAUCAGAUUAGUGCUGUCGUAUUGAUAUGGCAAAUUUUGUGAGAGUAUAUGUGAUCACUGACCUAAAACAUGGUCAGUUACAAAGAGCUUAGGCACUUCAAUAGCUGGAAAGAUGUGCAAGCCAAGACUUUUAUCAUUAGUUGGCUACUCUGUAUUUGUAUCUCUGUGGUUGCAUUUUAUAUGUGUUUAUUGGUGACCAGAUUUGUUCCUUCUUUUGAUUCACAAGUAAUCUUUGUUUUGCGGUAAACAGUUUGACAUAUUAGCAGCCUUUCUUUUUUCAUCCUUCAUUGCUCAGUAUCAUAUUGACACAUAUUUUGACAUUUAGCUUAACGUUUUGAACCCAGGUAGUGGCUAUGGUGGUCUGUACUGAAUUAUACCUUUGACAUUGCCUGGCGGCUGUAGAGGUUUCUGGUGUUUCAAACCAACCUUGUUAUUGGCCUCUUAGCAAAUGUAGAGCAAUUACAUGACCCAGUCAUGCACUGUUUUUGUGUCAGUACCAGAGCUUAACCAGUUUGUAUUGCAAUUAUUGUGCAUUAGGUAAUAUGAUCUAGUGGGUAAUUGAUUUAUCGUUUUGAAUGGUUUUUUUUUUUUAGCAGUGGGAAAAAAGCAUGGAAUAAAACACAAAUCUUAUCUGCAUUCUCUCCAUAAGUCUGCUUUUUAAUUAUGUUUUCUUAUUAACACUGUUGAACAUAAGUUGCAGGGGUAAUUCUUUCCUUUUUCCCAUUGUAUAACUAGGAUGGGUUCUGUGGGUGUUCUUAUCACCUUGCCAUUAUUAAAGUGGUUAUAAAGUUCGAGCAUAAAAAAAGAAGAUACAAACGCUCAUGCACGCUUGUCAUAGUCUUCAGAAGGCACACAUAAUUACGUUGAAGCAUAUGAGGUAUUUGAUGCCUCUAAAAUCAACAGAAUUAUUUAGAGAGAGAGUAUGAACUAAUUUUGGUUUCUUUUAUUAUAGUAGUAAGAUGUUCAAUAGUUAUGUGCACAUUAUAAAAGUAAAGUUUCAAAUGUGAACAUGCACAGUUUAUCGCUUUAGAAACUUAGCUGUUUUAUAAUUGUUCAUCAAAAUCUUUGCAGGGCUAUUCAAUGUAGUGCUGUUUUUAUGUUCAAGUUUUCCAAAUUAAGGUAGAGCAUUAGCCGUAAACUCUUAUUUUCUCAAACAUAUCCUUGAGUUUUGUGGGAUAGUUUAAGGUAAAGGAAUUUGGCAUAAUGACUGAAGACAAAAUUUGUUGAUCUAGUAUUCCCAUGUGUGCCAGUGCUUCAUUUUGUCUUUACAAGUGGAUUGUGAUUAGUUUGGAUGGUUGGAGCUGAAACAAUAGUUCGUUCUAUUUUAUAUAUUGAACAGCUGUUUAUAGAGUAGCUCUGUAUGUUAAUCCUGAUCACACAGGAUGACAGCAAAAAUAAUUUUGUCUGCCAAAAAAAUUUUGGUGGACAUUGUAUUUGAGAUGGUUCGUGGCCAGUUUCUUUUAAGUUAUUUAAAAUAUAUUGCUAUCACUUUAGUGGUACCAUUUGUGCAAAAGAGUCUUUUGCCAACAUCUAUAGAUGCGUAGGACACAUACACACUCUCUCUCUUUCUCUCUCAAUCUCAACUCCUACAAAAAGAAAGAGUUAAUAGUUCUUAGGGUAAUAAAAACCAUUUUAACAUUCUUAUUCAGAAUACUGUGUGUUGCCUUUUUUGUAGCAAAAUUAUAUGAGAAGUUGUGGCAUGUACAUUUUUAAUGCAGGCUGAAACAAUACAUUUAGCUCCUUGCAAAUAUUAGUGUCAUAAGAUUAUUAUUAACUCACAAACCCUGGACGUGAAUUAUAAUGUGUACAAUGUGAGCUUACUGCCAGCUGUGGCAAAAGUGGCCUUUUAUUAUGCUAUUAUCUGGGUGCAGAGUGUUAGUUUUUAGUUUAUCACACAACAUUCUAAAGAUAGUUGUCAUCAGCUGUAUUAUCUUCAUCAAAUAAUUGUCCCUAAAGUACCAAAGAACUUAUUUUCAGAUGGCACAGAGACACAUGCCAGUAAUAAUUUCCAAUAAGAUUGAUAUGUAGAGUUUUAUUACAGUGCUGAAGAACCAAAUGCCUUUUCUUGGACUUAAAAAGAAAGAGCCAGGGAGAAAAACUUACUAUUUUUAAACCUUUUACUUAUCAAACUGCGUUAAACCAUAGCCUAAUGUAGAACAUUCUUUUAGACAGUUUGAAGUAACAAGUAUUAGAUUUGUUAAUAAUGUGAAGGGGAAAGUUUUGUAUGCAUAUUGUGUGUGGAAUGAGAAUGGACCUAAUGAGCUUGAUAAUAUGGAGAUAAUCUAAAAGGUGGUUUGUCAUGAUAAAAAUAGUUGGGAAACAUUUUAUUUUUCACAUCUUAUGAAGACUAACUUCACAUAUGGCACCUGACUUUUUCACUUGAGGGUUUUGUAGAUUAAAUAAUAAAUAUUCCACCUGACAGCACAAUAUCACCUUACUAAAUGAUUUACAGCAUAAAGAUUUGUGUUGGGUUAAUAACCGAAUCUUAAGAGCGAAACUGGCUUUUCAUUGAGGUUAUCCAGCCAUCUCUCUAGUAUUUCAUAUGUAGGCAUCAGUUUAACAUAGGCUUACCCAUUGAUGUGCCAUUUCAUCUGUCAGAUUUGUUUCCCAGCAAACAUCCAGUAUUGUGCAUAAGUCCCAUUAAAUCAGCAUAGGAUAUUCUUCUGGGACUAGUGAUCAUUUGACUGCUUUUGUGAUUUUGGAAGUGUCUGAAUUUUGGCCAUUUUAUUUUUAUAUUUUUGCUGAAACCUGGGUGGCUGGCCGCCUGCUGUAUAUGGCCAGGUUUUGUGGGCAGCAUGAGUACCCAGCUAAUACUGUACAGGUAUAAAAGCAAUCAUUCAUGAUUUGGUUUCUUAUGAAGCAUUCUUUAUUAGGGAACAUUUUAUGUGAGAAGUACAACACUUUGUCUCCCAGGAAAAAUUGCAGGCUGCUGUGUGAUGUAGUUUUUCAUUUUAUGUGCCUCAGUAGGUCAGAUUGACGUCUUUUAAAAAUAUGUGUCCAAUAUUCACCAUACUAUUUCCUCUGUAUCUUAUUGGUGUGUAUUAACACUGUAGGACCAAACUACGGCUGCAUCUGAAAGUGUAAUAGGGGAAAAACAUACGUGCUAGUAUACAUACAGUUUGGUAGUAGCGGUGUAUGAAGACGUGCAUGCGCCCAUUACAUGUAUAUAUAGAUUUAUAGUGCAUCUCAAAAUAUAUACACACCCUUCAACAUGCAAAGAGUGUACUAGUAAAAAACAUCCCAUUCUGUGAAUAUAAACACGAAAAUCUUAAAAACAUGAAAAUAUUCCAUGAAAUCAGGUAUUUAUUAACAUAUGGAGAUAAAUUACUUACAGUCUAAUAAUGUUAUGUUUCUCUGAAAUGUAUUUUUCCAAAAGGGCGAGUUGUGCAGGGUGUUGAAUCUUUUGUACAAUUUUUGUGCAUUGUACCACAAACAACAUUAGUGGCCAGAUAAGAUUUUUUUGGAUGAGCAGUUUCAUUUUAUCCUUUGUCUUGUAAAAUGCUGGCAGUAGAUUUAAGGUUUUGAUUUUGGUAACCUGAAAAUAUGUUGGGUUUUUUUUUUAUACAGUUUAUCAUUAAGUUGAAUUAUAAAGUAAUCCAUAUAGCUUCCUCUGUAACACAUGUCCCUACAUGUGCUUGUGGGAGUGGUGAAAUCGUUUCCAACAUUCUAAUAAUAUUUUCACACAGAUUUUAAAGCCUUAUAAAGCACAGUAUAUUUAGAAUAAAUGUUGCUCGUUAUCAUAUACUUAACAUUUGAACAUCACUCUUUAUAAAAAAACGUAAUUUUGGUUUUAUGACUAUGUCUCUAGGUAUUAUAUGAGCAUGUGUAUUUUUUUAAAAACUAAGACAUAGAUUGUAUUUAUGUGCACAUUGGUUUGUGAGUAAGAGUGUGUUUUGAUUCGGAUCCUUACUUCAGUAAUAAUCUCUUUUUGCACACUAUACGGAAAGAAAACAUUCAAGUGCCAGUCAGUAUUUUUGAGAAUUUCAAACAGAAGAAAAUGAUACAAUAGUGCUUCACAAAAAUUAAAAAAAAAAAAAAAAUUUCUUUAUGAUAUCAGAUUUUUAUCUCCAUUUAUAACUGAAAAAAAUCGUCAGCAUUAUACACAUGAAAAGAAAUUACAGCUGUCAAAAUCAAAGAAGCAGUGUAGAAAUUUUUAAACCCACAAAUCUCUACAAUUCUGUGAUGAGCAAGGGUAUGUUAGCGCGUUAUAAAACUACGUCAUCAUCAUCAUUAUGUCAGCAGGACUAAUAGGAUCAUGUUAGAUACAGACAAAGAAGACAAAUAAACUGAAUUUACUGCAGAACAGGCUUUUCCCUGCCAUGAAUGCCUUUAUAUUUAGAUGUGUGAAACAUGUGGAUGGCAGUGUGUAAAGCAUAGAUGUUUCCAGUCCAGUUGUGAUUGAGAAAAAGAUUUCCAUUUGAGUUUGUCUUGAGUCUUACAGCAUUAAGCUUGAAAUCAUAAAAUGACUAAUUUUCAAUUUUUUUCAUUAUGAUAAAAGUAUUAUGACAUUAUAAAUGCAACCAGUAGAGAUAGAAUUCAAAAGUAUCAGAUAUAUGGGUUUAAUGUAUUCUAUUACUCAAAUUUUGUUGUCUAUAUUUGGUCACUUUUUGAACAGGUCACAAAGUAUAUUGUGGUGUUCCUCAUGCUCAAACCAUAAUGCCAUUAGUCACAUUACACAUUAACAUGCCAUUUGUUUUCAAAAUGUCUGGAAAUUGUCGAUUAUAUUAUCACAAAAACUUGCCACAAAAUUUCCAGGACUGACUUUUCCUGGUGGACUUCCAUCCAUCUUACUUGCCAAGGACUUAUGUGGUUUAGCCUGCUUUGUCAAAUAGGCACCAUCCUCUGUCCUAAUUUCUAAUGGAUGUGAUGGACAGUUUGUACAGUGUAAUGUUUGUUGAAUAUCAUUUAGUGUGCAUGAUUUGUACAUAGCAUUUCUUUAUUGCAAGUGACCAUUGGAAAGCUUGCUAUAUCUGUGAUUCAAUUUAUUCUAUAUUUUUACGGAGCACAGAAAAAUGUUGCGAAUGUCAAUUACAGAAAUCUUCAUCUGUAGUCUGUCAUUCUUUUAAAAUCACUUUAUUACCUUAUUUACCAAUUUCUGUAUUGGAUAUAAUUUAUCAUAUUUAUGUAGCACUGUAAUAUUCUUUUGUGCACUUUUUGUGAUGCUAGUAUGAAGUAUUGGUUAAUGAAAUCUAAAUUUGGGGCCACACUUUAUGUUCAUGGCAGACUUUAAAACAAUUUCAGUGGAUAUACAUACGUGGUUUCUUUGAUCCUGCAGCUGUUCAGUGUCCAUGUGAUUUAGUAGGGACUUCAAAAUAGUUUGGUAUCACAGGUGGUAUGGGGAAUGUUAAGAUGUAGACUUGUCUGGAAGGUUAACUGUUGGUCAGUUAUAACAUUGUUCUGCAUUUUUACAAACUAGAUGAAAAUUUUGAAAUAUGUAGAUAAGGAAGAGAUUUUUAUAACAGAAAGGAAGGGAGGCUGUUUUUGACUAUCACUGUAAAUAUUUCACUUAAAUGAUCAUUAGAAAGUAAAGUGUUAGUUGCAAGUAGCUUUGUUUUGAGUAUCUCUGUCUCCAGUGUUUCUCAUCAAAGAUUGUGAAAAUCAGAACUUCAUUCUUAUCAUCCCUCUCUUUGCCCUGCUCUUCAUGCUAUGUUUACAAUCAGUAAACUUACUGAAAUUAUAUGUUGUACAUAACAUCCUACAUGUUAACCUUAUGUUGUCAAGCUGUUUGGUACUUUGGAAUCUGUUUAUGGCAUCACAUACUACAUAUAUCAAGUGCAAUGCUGAUAUUUUGUUUUUGAACCAUUCUUAAUAAUGCAGUGCCCUAUUACUCUGAAAUUGUUGCUGCAAAAGCAUUCUUUAUGAUAAGUAAAUCUAAACACAAAAAUUUCAAAAAUAUUUUGUUCUGUUUGGUCUGGAAAACUUGUACUGACCACACAUAUUUUUUUUUUCGAGAAACACCGAGUGUGUUGAGGUAUGUCAGAAUUAAAUAGCAUUUUGACAGGUCUGUUUUCAAUCUUAUUACUUUUCCAGAUCAAGCUAAAUUAUUCAAGUGCAGCCUAUAACCUUUUAUACCACAUUAUACCCUUACAUUUUUUUCUUAUUACACAUGUGCAUGUUUGUGCACAGACCUUCCCACAAAUGUUUUUCCUCAGCAAGUUCACAAAUCACCGUAUCUCCUGAUGAUUGCUGAUUAGAAUUUUGUACCAGAUUUUACCUUUAACAGCUAAAGACAAACUGGGCAUUGUUCCACCAUUGUCAUUGAUUUGUGCACUGGUCGUUGUUGAGAAUGGGCUUUCAUAAUAUUACUUUGACAAACAUGUUAACACAAAGUACCAUAUUCUGCAUGUUUACAAAUUUGUCAUAAAGAACACAAAAAGGAAAAAAAAAGUUUCAUGAUUGCCAUUACCAAACUCUACGAAUCACUGUUUCAUGCAUUUUCUUGACAUAUCAAAGUUAGUUUAAACAGCCACUUUCACCUCCCCCCACCCCCCACCUCCCAAAAAUGUGUUCUGUGCAUAUUUCUCCUCACGGUUCAGUAUCAGCACUUAAGAUUAAGUGUACUUGUACCUGGUCAGUAUAUCUGUAUAGAAAAAUAUAGUGUACUUUGCACGCAUGCACAAGCAUACAUAUACAUAUUCUCACCCACUCACUUUUUUCACCUAUUCACAUUUGCAUCCAUGCAAACGUAAAAAUAAAAGUUUUGUACAUUUUUACAUCUAAGCAUUUUUUGGUGGAUCACUUUUUUAAUUAAAAAAAAGAGAUGUAACAUUUGCAGAAUGAUGAGAGAAAUAAAUGUGUAUAUGUUUGCUUUUGUAAGAGAAUUCAAUCAAAUUUGAGAGUGAGUCAUUAAAGAUGGUUCAUUUAUCUGCG